AUGUGCAUACAAACAGUUCAUUCGUGGGCCAAGCAGCAUGUGACACACACGCACAACAACAACAAAAAAACCCACCCAUGGGUGCCCUGCGGCCUGCAGGGCCUGCUGGCUGGUGUGAAGAAUGUGGAGGCUGCCUUCACCCUCUGCUGUGAAGAGCAAACGGAGAAAACCGAGAGGAGGACCAGGGGGAUGAGGUGGAGGUCCGAGAGCCCCGGCUGGACUGCGGACCCCAGAGGCCUCUACAGGGACCAGCACAGGCCUGAGGACUUGGACCCGGACCUGCUGCUGGAGGAGGGCCAUGACAACUCCACGCAGAUUGUGAACAUGGAUCAUGCAUAUUACACGUCCGCUAUUUUCGGCCCGGGAGACGUCGGCGGCCCAGACGUGUGGGUCAACACCGAGGAGGAGGACGGGGACAUGUGGAAAGCUCACGGCUUCCUGUCCAGCACGCACCGCCAAGCCGAGAGAGUCAAUCUUUCCUUUGACUUUCCUUUCUAUGGCCACGCGCUGAAGGAAGUCACCGUGGCAACUGGAGGCUUCAUCUACACGGGCGAUAUAAUCCACCGCAUGCUGACCGCCACUCAGUACAUUGCCCCGCUCAUGGCCAACUUUGACCCCAGUCUGUCCAAGGACUCCUCUGUCUUUUACUUUGACAACGGCACGGCGCUGGUGGUGCAGUGGACCAGCCUCCACCUGCAGGACAAUGUCCAAUCAGGCACGUUCACCUUCCAAGCUGCUCUGCACAGCGACGGACGCAUUGUGUUUACCUAUAAAGAGGUCACCUACCCUCACCUGAUUCCUGUUGACAUCAGCGACAUCAGCAGCGAGAAUCAUCCCGUCAAAGUCGGCCUGUCGGACGCUUUUGUGGUGCUUCAUAACAUAGAGCAGAUUCCCAACGUUCGACGAAGGACCAUCUACGAGUACCACAAAGUGGACUUUUUAAAGUCCAAAAUCUGCAAUGGUACCACUGUAGAGAUGUUACCUCUCCCAACUUGUCUGCAGUUCUCCGGCUGCGCUCCAUGUGUCACGUCUCAGAUCGGCUUCAACUGCACCUGGUGCUCCCGCCUGCAGAGAUGUUCCAGCGGCUUCGACCGAAACCGGCAAGGCUGGGUAGACUACGGCUGCCAGGAGGAGAGACGAGACCCGCGUUGUUUACGCGGACGCCACGUCACGGAUGCGACGCUGACGCGACGCCACUUCUUCACGGCCGCCACCACUCCAGCUGCUGCCACGUCAGGCCAGCGGAUGACCUCCGGUGUGACCUCCGUGCCUGUAGGCAACACUUCCACCGCCGAGAACCAGCCGACACGCGGCAGCAGCAGCGGGAAGAAUGCGACGUCUACUCCUUGGUCCUUCACCAGCCGGCCUACAGCAUGUGACACACACACGCACAACAACAACAAAAAAACCCACCCAUGGGUGCCCUGCGGCCUGCAGGGCCUGCUGGCUGGUGUGAAGAAUGUGGAGGCUGCCUUCACCCUCUGCUGUGAAGAGCAAACGGAGAAAACCGAGAGGAGGACCAGGGGGAUGAGGUGGAGGUCCGAGAGCCCCGGCUGGACUGCGGACCCCAGAGGCCUCUACAGGGACCAGCACAGGCCUGAGGACUUGGACCCGGACCUGCUGCUGGAGGAGGGCCACGACAACUCCACGCAGAUUGUGGUGAGGCUGCAGACCUCUUGA